CGAGAACGACCAGUAUGAUAUUAGCGGUGGACUGCGAUGCGCGCUAUUUUAGCCUUCUCCAAAAAACCGCCAAAAUUACGCUCGUAAUUUCGCAAAAAAAAAAAUAUCGUUUUCGUUUUUUUCUAGUCGAUUUUGGUUCCGAUGUUAAUUUUCUCCGUACAGAGAUAUUAGCUAACGUAAUGUAGAUAUACGAGCGUAGUUUUUUCUCAAUUUAAGAGUUACUUCGACUUUUUUCCACUUCUAUACUCUUAGUGCUAUAGUGAUGUGGUGAAAAAUUAUUAUUUGAGAAUCGAUUCGUCUUGUUUUUUUUUCUUCUUCGGUUUUUUUUUUUUUCGUUUUUCAUUUAAUAAUAUUAGAAGGUGAUAUCCAUACGUUAUAAGUUUGCUUUUCAUAUUAAAGUACUUGGAAAACGAAGACGAACAGAGACACUUACCUACCCCUUAGGUAUAAAUAUGUACCUAUUAUCUAUAUAAUACUUCGUACGAAUAAGUAAAUGUAAUCAAUCAUAUUAACGUAUUUAUUAUUUUCUAUUUUCUAUUCGUUGGCCGACCUUUAUAAAAAGUUGCACAAAAUUCGCGUCGUCGAUUUUCCAAUAUCAUUAUCGUUUCGAAGGCACUUUUACUUACUUAGUGAUUUCGGUAUUUCGUGUGUUUUCCUUCUUUUUUCGCCAAUAAAUUAGUCAUUGUUGAGCGACGGUUUUUCUCAUUGCGACUAUCUCGGUUCGACGAGAAAAUUUUUGAAUUUUUCCGAUACGAUGUGACAACGCAGUUUCAGGACCAGAUUUUUCAUAACUUACGGAUGAAUUUGCAAUUUUCUCCUAGUUUCUCUGUCAGGUAACCGAUGCUGCUUUACGCGACAGUUCAUUUUGGAAGACGAACUUGUAUCAACAGUCAUGCGUAGCCGAGGGAGACUUGUUGGAAGUUUGCGUUGGACCGACUACGACGACGUCGAUUAUUACUCGCAGUAAUCAGUUCUCGAUACGAGUAUCGUACACCCGCAUUUUCGGUCAUUUUCGGUGGACGCAGCUAACGGCGACGAGUAUCCCUGAUCUGGUCUGUGUGUACAUCUGCGACUGCGAGCUCGACUUGAACCAUAUGCGGCGAGAAAAACGUACCUAGUCGAUCGCUUCGGUACGUCAUCAUGGAGAAAAAGAAAGGCGGUAAUGGUUGACGCGUGAGGCGGCGCCGCCGGCCGGCCAGCCAGCCAAAGCAUCGGCGUUGUGAUAGUGAUGGAUAACGAGCGUAACGAUAGCCAUAGCCAAGCUUUCGACUCGUGCAGCAACGAGACCAGCGACGAGAACGACGUCGAAAGCUUAGAGGAUUACCUGCUUCGUUUGCGAGGUCCCAAACAUCUGUCUUUGAACGUCGUCAUACCCAUCACCAUAGUCUACGUGGCGAUAUUCGUUACCGGAGUCGUCGGAAACAUCGCCGUCUGCGUCGUCAUCGUUCGUAACGUGUCCCUUCAUACAGCUACGAAUUACUACCUGUUCAGCUUGGCACUUUCCGAUCUCACGUUGUUACUGUUAGGAUUACCCAACGACCUUCUCCUGUACUGGCAACAAUAUCCGUGGUUAUUUGGAGAAGACGUUUGCAAACUUCGAGCUCUCGUUUCGGAAAUGACUUCGUAUACUUCGGUGUUGACCAUAGUAGCUUUCUCGAUGGAACGAUAUCUGGCCAUUUGCCAUCCGCUUCAUUCGUACGCCAUGUCCGGUCUGCGAAGAGCUUUACGUAUUAUAUCAGUUUUAUGGAUCAUUGCCUUGGUGAGCGCUACGCCAUUCGCUGUCUAUACCACCGUACAUUAUCUAGAUUAUCCGCCUGGCUCUGGAAAACUUGUAAGCGAAAGCGCAUUCUGCGCCAUGCUGGAUGACAACAUGCCACCCAACUUCCCCAUUUACGAAUUGAGUUUUUUUCUUUUUUUCCUCAUACCUAUGCUGGUGAUAAUCGUUCUAUACGUAUGCAUCGCUUUGCGCAUCAGGCAGAGAAGCAGGCAUUCGCUGGGCAAACGUGUCGAAGGAGUCAUACAUGGCGAAUCGAAGCAUACAAAAACUAGGAAAUCCAUCAUUAGAAUGUUGGCGGCGGUUGUGGUGGCGUUUUUUCUAUGUUGGGCGCCGUUUCACGCGCAACGAUUAAUAUAUUUGUACGCCAGCGAUUGGGAGUACUUUAGCGAAAUCAACGAAUGGAUGUACUACAUAACGGGCUGUUUUUAUUAUUUUUCUUCCACCAUAAAUCCGAUCCUUUAUAAUUUAAUGUCGGUAAAAUACCGGCUGGCGUUUCGCCAAACCUUGUGCGGAUAUUCAAGGUACGAACGGAACCGCUCCAGAGAUUUGCAUUCCAGUUUUCGCGAUACCAUUAUCCAUACCAACGAGAACACGCAUUGGCGUCGAUCCUUAACCUGGCGGCAGGCGUCCAAAAGAUCCAUCAAAAGUAACGGCACAGACGUCGUCGUGAUGAUCGCGCCCCCCUGCGUCUCCGCCACUAAUCAACGUCAACGUGCCUCGAGAAAUUGGAGGAAAACCUUUUUACGAGUUACCAAGGUAUCCAGGCUAACCAAAAGGUCUGCUUCGGCGUCAGCGUCAGCGUCAGCUGCGGCUACGGCUACCGCCGCCACUCUGGCCACCCCCAAUUCGCCUACCUCGCAUAACGAUGUUGAACUGCUUACGUCGUCAUCGCGUGUUCAAGACGAAACUCGUAUUUGAUCGGUUAUACUCGUACGCGUACGUAGUUACCCCUUUGGUAAAAAUUGCCUCUGGUUUAGUCGCCCGCGAUCGCCUAAAAUCCCAUCCAUUUUUCCAUUUCAGAAUUCUUUCGAUUUUGGGGACUCCUAACAUGACCAAAGUUCGUAAGAUGGUAGGCUACCUGGUUGAAUCUUCUCAACUCAUGCUGAACAAAAAAAAAAUGUAUCAGUAGACGUCCCUGUCCCUUGAUCCGUGGAUGAUUCUGGGAGAAUUGAUCGUGGAGAAUUUCACAGCAUAUAGAAAACUCGUAAUCAGAGUGUAGAUAUACCUAUUCUCUGGAAAACCUGGAUAACUGCGGCAAAAGUCGAAAUAUUUCGACCUUGUGUAUAGAAGUCGUGGAAAUAUCAGAAAUACAAAUAUUUUUUUCUGCAAAAUCAACGAUUUUUUUAUAAAAUUGGUUAUACGGCUCAAGUGAUUUAGAAGACAAAUGUACCUGAACAUGGAAAAUUUUCUGCAGCAUUGUACAAAAAAUAGUAGUGAGAAUUCUCUCGCCCCGAGAAUGUAAUUUAUUUCACCAAAUAUUGUCUCUUUUUGUCCGUUUUUGAGAAAGUGGAUUGGGUAUCUUGAAAUGAAGCAGCCUAUACGAAUGUAAAAUAUUAUAAAAUGCAGUCUAAAUAUUGAAGUAUAAAUUUUUGAAGACGCUAAUAGUCGAGGAGCCCACUUAAGAAUAAAUUGCAACCCCCCCCCCCCCGGUCGAUCCUCCGGGGCAACUUUUUUCUUGAAGGGGGAGCCUAAAGAACAUUUCUAACCUCUGUACUAAAAAAAAAAGUGGCCAUACUUACAAAAUGGCGGCCAUUUUGAUUGGCAGGUCAGUCGAAAUCGCAGAUUUUGCGUUCCAACAUAGGACUUGCACAACAUUUUUUAAACUGUACAAAGGUAGAUCGAAAGAUCAAGCAAAAACUUCUUGUGCUAAAGUGCGUUUUUCGAUUUUUGGCGAAUUUUUGAAAAUCAAAUUCAGACCAAAAAUGAGGGAAAAAAUCAAAAUUUUACCAAAUUGACCAAGAAAGCUGAAAUUUGGGAUACAACCCUAUUUUCGACAUGCCAAAUCGAUUGGAAACUGUUUCAAACUGUUUUGAACAGUUCUGGAGUCUCCAGCAGAUCUUUGAAACUAGAAAUUCUCACAAAAUUUCACCAAAAUGGAGUUGGAAAGCUGAAAUUUAUUCUGCAAACUAAUUUCAAUGCGCUACGAAGUACUACAGGUGAAUUUCAAGUCGCUUUAUAGCCUCCAGCGACUUUUUGAUAAUUCCUGGAGCCUCCAUCAGAUUUUUGAAACUUUAUAUUUUCACAAAAUUUCAUCAAAUGGCGGUGGAAAGCUGAAAUUUACUCUACACCCCAAUUUUAACAUCCUCUAAAGACGACUUCAAGUGGGUUCAAAUCAUUUUGGAGCCUCCAGCGACUUUUUGAAAAUUACUGGAGCCUCCAGUAGAUUUUUGAAACUUGAAAUUCCCGCAACAUUUUACCAAAUGGAGUUGGCAAGCUGAAAUUUAUGAUUUCGAAGCUUCCAGCUACUUUUUGGAAAUUUCAAUUUUCCAAAAAAGACCACAUGACCUCUCAAAAAGUCGCUGGAGGCUCCAAAACGACUUGAAAUCCACCAACAGACGACUUCGUAGCGUAUUGAAAUUAGUUCGCAGAAUGAAUUUAGACUUUCCAUCUCCGUUUGAUGAAAUUUUUAGGAAAUUUAAAGUUUCAAAAAUCUACUGGAGGCUCCAGUAAUUUUCAAAAAAUCGCUGGAUGCUCCAAAAGAACUUGAAAUCUCCCUGCAGUUGACUUCGUAGCGUAUUGAAAUUAGUUUGCAGAGUAAAUUUCGGCUAUCCAACCCGAUUUUGAUGAAAUUUUGUGGGAAUUUCGAGUUACAAAAAUUUGCUGGAGGCUCCAGAACUGCUCAAAACAGUUUGAAACAGUUUCCAAUCGAUUUGGCAUGUCGAAAAUAGGGUGUAUCCCAAAUUUCAGCUUUCUUGGUCAAUUUGGUAAAAUUUUGAUUUUUUCCCUCAUUUUUGGCCUAUAAAAAUUCGCCAAAAAUCGAAAAAUGCACUUUAGCACUUGAAAUUUUGACAGGUGAUGAAUUUUUGUUUGUUCUUUCGAUCUACCUUUGUACAGUUUGAAAAAUUUUGUGCAAGUCCUAUGUUGGAACGCGAAAUCUGCGAUUUCGGCUGACCUGUCAAUCACAAUGGCCGCCAUUUUGCAAGUAGGGACACUUUUUUUUUGAGUACAAGGGCUAGAAAUGUUCCUUAGGACUCCCCUUUUAUGAAAUAAGUUGCCCCAGAGGAUCGACGGGGAGGUGAAAUUUAUCCUUAAGUGGGCUCCCCGACUACGAGUUAUAAUUAUAUUUCGCCAACUCGAGCAUUUCACCAGUUUUUGAAUUUUUUCAAACUUUCUGAAUUUGUAACAUUCCUUUUAGGCAUAUUUUGAAGCUCGAGGUAAAGUGGUCUUCGAGAAUUAAUUCUCUGUCCUCGAAGGCCUGGUUUUGGUACCUACCUUACCUAUCUAUAUAACUAUUAUAUUUUUUGAAAGUUUUCAGGUUUGUAUAAGUACCGCCCUUUUGGAACCAAUUUCGGUGUUAGCGGUCAAAUGGUGUUUAAAAAUGAAUUCUGCUUUCUAAAAAAAAAAAACAUGUUUUGAUUCUCGUGUUGUAUGUUUUAAAAUUUCCAAUUUUAUAUGUAUGUCUCCUUUUUGGAACUAAUGUUGAGGUUUUGGGUUAAUGGUCUUCAAUAAUUUUGGAGCCAAUUUUGGUGCUUGGAGUCAAAUGGAUUUUGAAAAUGAAUUCUGCAGCCUCACCCCCCAAUUUUGAUUAAAAAUUGUAUUUUUGUUAUUUUUGAAAUUUUUUGUCCUAUUUAUUUUUCUUUCGGAGUCCAUUUUGAGUUUCAGGGCCAAAUGGUCUUCAAAACUGAACGUUUCUUUUGGGACCCAUUUUGAGUUUUGUGGUCGAACAGUCAUUAAAAAUCAAAUCGUCGCUUUUCAGAAUUAGUACAACUCACGCGAGGUAUUGGGCCAUUUAUGUACUAUUUUCGUCGUCUUUAUUACGAUUUAGAAAAGUAGAGUGCACAAUCAAUCAUUUUAGACUAUACCAACAUUCGUACUGCAUUAUGUAGAUGAUUUUUGUUCAGUAUGAGUGGCCUAACCAGCUGCUAUGAAGGAAAAGAGAGUUGAACGAGAAAUUUUACAUGGGGCUAGUGUUGGCGAACCGAGCGUAAAAGAUGUGCCAACUCGCGAUCAGGUUCGCAGCGAGCCUUUCCGCAGAAAACUGAAUCAUUAGGUACGAGUACUGCCUAAAGUUAUCAAAAUAGACGAAUGUGGGUUGUGGGGCGGCGGCGGCGUGACGAAAUAAUCGUCGAAAUUGCCGAACGCGUGUAUUUUCAUAGAGUCAUAAAUUAAAUCCGUAUUAUUAGGUAGGUACCUACGACGGUCAAAUUGGUGUAAGGGCGAACCGACGACAUCGACUAUCAUAAAUUAUUUCUCAAAUUUUAGCCAAUUCGCAAUCACUCAACUAUUGUCGCUAUCAAUAAAAUGCAGUCGUCCGGCUAGCAGCAGCCGCCGCGUUCUCUCGUAUAGCGUGUAUUAGCCGUGUACCUAUACUACGAUAAAUUUUAAUGCGAUAAAAAUUGCCCCGGAAACGCGAUUUUCGAUUCUCGUAGGCGUAGGGGGGCGUAGGGCGUAGGGCGUAGUGGUAAAUUAACAAGUACACGGACGUACAAAUAAUAUCGCUACGCCAUCCAUUCGCCAUCCACACAUACGCGUACGUUACGUAAAAUGCUGGUAUUAUCCGCACCGUGUGCCAUAUUCGUAUUAUACGAGUACGGGCACCUACCUAAAUACUCGUAUUGAACCAAUAACUUAUAAGGCUCCCCAAAUCGACGGUCCAUCGCUUUCGUACUCGUACUUUUCCCUCAACCCCAGGCAGGCAGCGGCCAAAUCGGGCAUUUCAACAUUUUCGUCGUUGUUCUUGUCGUCGAGUUAUCGUCUUCAUUUCGUUAAUUUACGUAUUUUCGUUUAUUUAGUCACUAUCCAUCGUAAAUAUUAUUAGUACGAGUAGAAUUAGUUAUUAGCGUUGGUGGAUAUCUUUUUUUUUUGUGUUCCCUGUUCCCAGUGUGACUCGUGCUUUUGCCACGUGGGUAUUUCUUUUACCAGUAUUUACCAACCAUUUUUUUAUUCUUUCAUUUUUUUUGGUUUUUUUUUUUUGUAAGAUAAUUUCUGUUUUUUGUUCGCGUUUCAUUUUAUUUACUUACGUGUUGUAUUUGUACCUAUUUUUUAUCGUGUCAUUAUUUUAUCUUACCGUUAUGUUGGUCGACGUAAUAAACUUGAAUUUUACGUUUC